AUGCUAACCUUCAAGUUGACUUACUCCAAAAGACCAUACAGAAUGUCUCGAGCUGCUUACCUAGAGAAAUAUUUAUCGGGAGGAACCUCAAAGAAGGAGAAAAAAAAGUCAAAAGAUAAAUCUAAAUUUAAGUCAUCGGCAAAUCCAACUGUUAUUGUUCAACAGGAUCCUGUAAUACAUCAUGAAGAUGAAUCAGAUAAUGAAGUUAAGCCCAAUGACGACCCAGAAAAUGAGUUUGGUCCAGUAAAAGUCUCGGUGGGGUCUUCUAAGUUGAGCAAAGGUUUCAAGCGAAUAGACGGAACUGAAAUACCUAAGGACAGCUCAGACCAAAAACAACAAAAACAACCGCAAAAUAACCAAACAACCGUUUAUAGAGACUCUUCGGGUAGAAUAAUAGAUAUAGAAGCCAAAAGAAAGUCUCUUCUAGAAGCACAGAAACAAAAGGAAAUCGAUGAACAAAACCGACAACAAACUAUUAAUCAAGGGGAGGCAGAUAAAUUACUUCAAGCAGAAUUUGAAACCAAACUAUCCAAUUCGAAAUCUUUUCAAGUCUCGAAAAGCGAUGAAGGUUAUAUACGACAUAUGAAGUCGAAGGAAAGGUUCGAUGAUCCGUUACAAGUCUUUGACGAUAAAGUUAAAACAAAAACAAGUUCGACUUCAAAGACCGGAAGACCAACCUAUAAUAAAGGCAUACAUCCUCCAAACAGGUUUGGAAUUAAAGCUGGUUUUUUUUGGGAUGGCAUAGACAGGUCUAAUGGGUUUGAAGAAUUGAUUAUGAGAAAGAGAAACGAAAUAAGUGUUGCAAAAUUUAGUAAUUCAAUUAACGAAUCAUACAACGAUUAUGAUUUUGAUUAG